CAGCUGCAAUGUGGAUUCAAGUGCGCACCAUGGAUGGGAAGGAAACCCACCGGGUAGAUUCCCUGUCCAAACUCACUAAGGUGGAUGAGCUGCGUGUCAAAAUCAUGGAGCUGUUCAAGGUGGAGCCAGAGAGACAGAGACUGUUUUAUCGUGGCAAGCAGAUGGAAGACGGCCAUACCAUAUUUGACUAUAGUGUGGGCCUCAAUGACAUAGUGCAGCUGCUUGUUAGGCAGAAGAUGCCCCCUGCUGAUGUCGUCAAAAUCAAGGACAAAGAAGCUGAGCUAUCAGACUCAGAUUCCGGUUGUGGUUCAACCCAGAGCGAGUCUGACAAGAACUCCACUCACGGCGAGGUCGAAGGUCAGACCGCCGGAACGUCUGCUCAGACAAACAACUCGGAUCUCGUCUAUCCUGGAUUUGGAUUUUACAAGAUUAACGACCUGGUGGAUGCAAGAGACCUAAACAUGGGAGCUUGGUUUGAGGCCCAGAUUGUGAAUGUUACAAAGAUGCCCCAAAAAGAGGGAGGGGAAAAACAACCAGACGAGGAAGAGAUCCUGUACCACGUCAAAUACGAAGACUACCCAGAGAAUGGAGUGAUUCAGGUACUGGCCAAGGAUGUCCGCCCAAGAGCCCGAAUAACGUACGAGUGGCAUCAACUAGAGCCCGGAAUGGUUGUCAUGCUCAACUAUAAUCCAGAUGACCCCAAGGAACGUGGGUACUGGUAUGAUGCUGAGAUCCAGAAGAAGCGGGAGACUCGCACAUUGCGAGAGAUCUGUGCCAAGAUCAUUCUUGGUGAUGCUGGUGACUCUCUUAAUGACUGCCGGAUCAUGUUUCUGACUGAAAUCUAUAAAAUUGAGGAGCCUGGUUCACCGAGCGAAAUUCCAGCUGGAAAUGAGAGUCCAUUAAAAAGAUCAAAUGGACCUGAAUGCAAGCACUGCAAGGAUGAUCCCAAGAAAAGCUGUCGCUGGUGUAAUUGUCACAGCUGUGGGAUCAAGCAGGAUCCUGACAAGCAGUUGCUGUGUGAUGAGUGCGACAUGGCCUAUCACAUCUACUGUCUGGAUCCUCCACUAACUUCCAUCCCUGAGGAUGAGGAUUGGUAUUGCCCGGGUUGCCGUAUUGACACCAGUGAAGUUGUCCUGGCUGGAGAGAAACUGAAGGAAAGCAAGAAGAAGGCAAAGAUGGCUUCUGCCAGCUCCUCAAGCCAGAGAGACUGGGGCAAGGGAAUGGCAUGUGUGGGUCGAACCAAGCAGUGCACCAUUGUCCCAUCUAACCACUAUGGCCCAAUCCCCGGAGUCCCUGUCGGCUCCCUGUGGAAAUUCAGAGUGCAGGUUAGUGAAUCUGGUGUUCAUCGGCCUCAUGUUGCUGGAAUUCAUGGCCGAAGCAACGACGGUUCCUACUCCUUAGUCCUGGCAGGAGGUUAUGAAGACGACGUGGAUGAUGGUAACGAGUUCACCUAUACUGGCUCAGGAGGACGGGAUCUGUCUGGAAAUAAGAGAACAGCUGAGCAAUCAUGUGAUCAAACUCUGACCCACAUGAACCGGGCACUGGCUCUCAACUGCAACGUUCCUGUAAAUGACAAAAAUGGAGCAGAGGCCAAAAACUGGAGAGAGGGCAAACCAGUCAGAGUUGUGCGUAACUGCAAAGGACGAAAGCACAGUAAAUACUGCCCCGAGGAAGGGAACCGAUAUGACGGGAUAUACAAGGUGGUGAAGUACUGGCCAGACAAAGGGAAGUCUGGAUUCUUGGUCUGGCGGUAUCUGCUGAAGCGUGAUGACGAUGAGCCGGCUCCAUGGACCAGAGAAGGCAAGGAACGCAUCAAAAAACUUGGGCUCACCAUUCAGUAUCCAGCUGGUUAUCAAAAGGAGAAGGAGAACAAAAAUGAGGUCGAGGAGGAAGCGACACCCAGUAAGGCGAAGAGGAAGAGAAAAUCUCAGGGCAGCGAAUCUUCCAAGAGCUCACCAGCCAAGUCUCCUAAAAAGGUCAAAGUGGAGGCGUACGAGCUUACACCGGAGCAGAAAACCCUCAUCAAGAGCGACAAGCAAAACAAGAAGCUGUGGGAUGAAGCCAUGGAGUCACGGGCACUUGGACCGAAAUUCUUGAGCAAAGUUGAAGAAGUUUUCCUCUGCAUUUGCUGCCAAGAAGUGGUCUUUCAGCCCAUCACCACAGAAUGUCAACACAACGUCUGCAGGGAAUGCCUUCAACGGUCGUUCAGGGCAGAUGUGUACACCUGCCCAGCCUGCAGACAUGAUCUGGGCAAGAACUACUCCAUGUCUGUCAACGAAGCGCUGCAGGACAUUCUAACCCAGCUUUUCCCAGGAUACAACAACGGGCGAUGA